ACAGGCAACUGCCUCAUUCUUCCCUCUCUUUUCUAUACUCCUCAUACUUUUCUUCCCCUCACAACACCCCAAAACCCUCCCCAACCUCUAAUACUGCGUCUCCUCUCACCUUCCCUCUAUUUUGUUCUACCAGACAUAAAGCCCUCUUCAGUAUGAGCGAGUUUGUGUAAGUGCAACAAGGACAGAGACCUCAAGCCAGAACUGGUUUACAGGCUGUGGGGCAACCACGAGGAAAUACAUGCAUUCACUCACACGCUCACUUACACACAAACUCCAAAAGGAAACCACAGUAUAAACACACACGGACAAAAAAAAACUGGCAAGAGUCGAGACAGCAAGACAAAAACUUUAAAGCGUGGGAGUCAAAAGGAGAGCAAGAAGAGGCGAAAAGACAGAAAAGAGAGGAGCGAGUGAAGGAGAAAGGCCAUGGCAGGCACACGGAUCCCAAGCCGGCUAUCCCUGAUCGUCUGCCUGCUGCUGCUCGUCACCGGCACAGAGAGCAAACGCAGACUCAGGAGAAGAGGACUCAGCCAGAAGGUCAGGGACUAUGAGUACCCAAACAACUCCCAGUCCACUCAACACCAGAAGAGUGAUCGGUGCCCACCUCCACCUCAGAUGCUUCCUGAGAGGGCGUGUGAGGUUCCAAGCUGUCGCUCGGACUCAGUGUGUGAAAGUCACAAACGCUGCUGUUACAAUGGCUGCAUCUACGCCUGUCUGGAAUCAGUUCAGCCUCCACCUGUGCUGGACUGGUUGGUGCAGCCAAAGCCAAGAUGGCUUGGUGGAAAUGGCUGGCUCUUAGACGGGCCAGAGGAGGUUCUCCAGGCUGAGGCGUGCAGCACCACAGAGGAUGGGGAUGAGCCCUUACACUGUCCUACCGGAUAUGAAUGCCACAUCAUUAACCCAGGAAACCCCACCGCAGGCAUCCCCAACCGAGGCCAGUGUAUCAAACAGAAAGGAAACUCGGAUGGUCGUAGCCUAAGGCAGAAGUACUUCAAAGAGCAAAAGGAUUCCCUAGGAAGCAAUGGCAAUAUUGCAGUGGGUUAUGAGAAAUAUCACAAGCACUUAGGCUGAAAAGCAGGUGACUUACUGUACACAACAAAACAAGUCAACACUUCUACAGAAACUGGAUAUCCUUAACUUUAUUUGGUGCUUUAUAUUUGAGGUGCUGUAACAUAGAAAAGUCAUCAUUUCCUACCUCCUCCAAACACCACACAGUGGUAUAACUUGCCAGACUGAUCGUCACAACUUUCUUGUAUAUACACAUACUGCUUAGUAAACAAUAGAAUUUGUUCUUCCGAUUGUUUGGAAUAUUUAAAGUAUGAUAAAGCUGAGAAAGUAUCAAAGCUACAUCUACCAUUAUACACUUUCCCAGGCUCGGGAAUCCAAAGAAACGUGUGUGCUCAAAUACCUCAGACAUUAUCAUUCAAAAAAUUGUCAUAGAUUCCUCCAAAUUAUUAUUAUUAUUAUUAUUAUUAUUUUCCUCCAAAUGAUUUACUGUCAUUUAAAUUAGGAAUGUUUUGGGAUCCUCUAGGAGAAGUAUUUUGCAGCUGAGGAUACUGUAUAGAUACUUAGGAAACAGAUAGUCAUCCUGUUCUCACUUAGUCUCAGCAGUAAAUGAAAAUGAAAAAAAAUCAGUUGAUUAGAAAAAUUUUAGUUAUUAAUGCUGUAUUAAUGACGCAUUACACAAACACAUGUAAUGCUUGUAAAGCACAAUACAUUAUAAAGCUAAAAAAAAAAUCCUCUAAAUUCUUUUCCAGCCAUUUUUAUUGGGUUAACACCACAUAAAUAUCAAUCAUUACAUUUAUUUAUUUAAGUACAGCAUGUUGUACUUAUUGUCCAUUCAGCCACCAUUCAGAUGCUAUAACAGACCCUGUGUUAUAAUGCAGUAGUAAGUUAUAAGCAAUAUUUACUACAUUAUGUCACCUGACAUGCUGUACAUGUGACCAUAAUUACGUAUGUACAAUACCUUCAUAUGGAUUUUUAGAUAGAAUUUUGGUUUUGUACAAUGUUAAAACUGCAGUAAUAGCAGCAAUAAAACAUCAUGAAUACAGAAGGUGCUACAGAAAUUUUCAGUACUUUUGCCAAUCCUGUGUGAAUAAAAAAAUUUUUCUGCA